GAACACCCGGGCGAGGACCUGCGCGCGUCACGGCGGCGGCGGCCCGCCCCCGCCACACGCAUGCGCACUGCGCCCAGCAUGAGGGUCGCGGCUCUGAUCAGUGGUGGGAAGGACAGCUGUUAUAAUAUGAUGCAGUGCAUUGAUGCUGGGCAUCAGAUUGUUGCUUUAGCAAAUCUAAGACCACCUGAAAACCAAGUGGGGUCAGAUGAACUGGAUAGCUACAUGUAUCAGACAGUGGGUCAUCACGCCAUUGAUUUGUAUGCAGAAGCAAUGGCUCUCCCCCUCUAUCGCCGCACCAUAAGAGGAAAGAGCAUGGAUACAGGACGAGUGUACACCAAAUGUGAAGGUGAUGAGGUUGAAGAUCUUUAUGAGCUUUUGAAACUUGUUAAGGAAAAAGAAGAAGUAGAGGGAGUAUCAGUAGGUGCUAUACUCUCUGACUAUCAGCAUGUUCGAGUAGAAAAUGUGUGUAAAAGGCUUAAUCUCCAGCCUUUAGCUUACCUUUGGCAAAGAAACCAGGAAGAUUUGCUCCGAGAGAUGAUAUCAUCUAACGUUCAAGCAAUCAUCAUCAAAGUAGCAGCUCUAGGUUUAGAUCCAGAUAAGCAUCUUGGAAAAACCCUGGACCAAAUGGAGCCUUAUCUCUUAGAGCUUUCUAAGAAGUACGGAGUCCAUGUUUGUGGAGAAGGUGGAGAGUAUGAAACGUUCACUUUGGAUUGCCCUCUAUUUAAGAAGAAAAUAAUUGUGGAUUCAUCAGAAGUAGUCACACAUUCAGCUGAUGCAUUUGCACCUGUGGCUUACCUACGCUUUUUAGAAUUGCACUUGGAGGACAAGGCAAGUGUCCCCAGUACCUGACAACUGCAGAACAUCUAAUUAUAUACAUAACUCUUGAAAAGCAUUUUUGUUACUAAGCUGGUAUUUUUAUAUUUUAAAAAUCACAUACCAUUUUCUCAAUUAUUAUGUCCCACUUUUUUCAUUACAUUUUUUUAUUCUUAGAAAUAUUUAUCUUUAUCAGAAGUUGGUAGAACCACUGAUUAAUUGGUUAACACAUCCAAUCCAUGAUCUCUGUGAUUGGUACCUUCUUUUUUCCCCUUUUACUUCAUCUGAAAUCCUCAUUUCUGUAACAUUUCUUCGCUUUCAUCACACUGGUUUAUUUUCCUCUUAUCUUGUUCCUGCUUUCAUCUCUGCCUAUAGUAUCCUAAUGCAAAGGCAUUUGAAAAUGAGGAUGAAAAGGCAAUCACUGUAUUUAGCUAAUCAAGUUUAUUCUACUGGGCGUCACCAUUUUUGUUUUGAAUAUAUUCAUUGUUUCAACAUUAUUGGACAAUCAAGAAGAAUACCAUUAACUCUUACGGGUUGUUUUAUAACUGAUUAAAAAAUGCAGUUUUUCGGUAUUACCUAUGCUGACUUCAGACUACUUUUAGAGUUUGCAGCAAAAUUGAGCGGAAGGUACAGAGAGUUCCCACACAUGCACAGCCCCGCCAGCUGUCAACAUCCCACACCACAACAGUACAUUUGUUACAGUCAAGGAAUUUACACGGACACAUCAUUAUUACCCAAAGACCAUAGUUACAUGAUGAGUCACUCUUGGUAUUGUACGUUCUAUGGGUUUGGACAAAUGCAUAAUGGCUUGCAUCCACCAUUAUAGUAUAAUACAGAAUAGCUCUACCUAUUCAUCCUUCCUUUUCCUCUAACCCCUGGUAACCUCUGAUGUGUUUACUCUUGCCAUAUUUUUGCCUUUUCCACAAUAUCAUGUAGUUGGAAUCAUUUAGUAUGUUGCCAUUUCAGAUUGGCUUCUUUCACUUACUAAUAUGCAUUUGGAUUCCAUUGUGUCUUUUCAUGGCUUAACAGCUCAUUUCUUUUUUUUUUUUCUUUUUUUUCUUUAAUUAAGACAAUUUUUUAGAGCAGUUUUAGGUUCACAGGAAAAUUGGAGGGCAAGUACAGAAAUUUCCCAUUUACCCCCUACCCCUACAUAUGCAUAGUCUUCUUCAUUAUCAACAUUCCUCCCCAGAGGGGUACAUUUGUUACAAGUAAUGAACCUACAUUGCACAUCGUAAUCACUCAAAGUUCAUAGUUUACAUUACAGUUCACUCUUGGCGUUGUACAUUCUAUAGAUGACAUGUAUCCAUCAUUAUGGUAUCAUACAGAAUAUUUUCACUGCCCUAAAAAUCCUCCAUGCUCCACCUUUCAUCAUUUACUACCUCCAACCCCUGGCGCAACCACUGAUCUUUUUAUUAUCUCCAUAGUUUUGCCUUUUCCAGAAUGUCAUAUAGUUAGAAUAAUAUGGUAUGUGCCAUUUUUAGAUUGGCUUCUUUGACUUAGUAAUAUGCAUUUAAGGUUCCUGCAUGUCUUUUCGUAAGUUUUUAAAUGCUUAGUAAUAUUCCAUUGUCUGGACAUACCAUAAUAUAUUUAUCCUUUCACCUACUGAAGGACAUCUUGGUUGCUUGAAGUUCUGGCAAUUGUGA